CUAUUAUAUAAGGUACUCAAUAGUGUGUGUUUAGUGUUCAGUGCGAGUCGCUUUGAUGAGUGUCAGUUCCUGAUGUACUUUGGUAUUCCACAUUAAUGAGAUUCACUUUUUCCGUCAUGAAAACGGCGUUGGCACUCGUUCUAUUAUCUCUUCUCACUAUUAAAUCGGAAGGGAGUAAUAUACUGGUGCUUCUCCCACUUCCUCUUUACAGCCACACAAACACGUUUAUGCCAGUGUUUAAGGAGCUGGCAAUCAGGGGACAUAACGUUACAAUGGUUUCGCCUUACCCACAAAAGGAUUCUAUUCCUAAUUGGACUGAAGUAAUUAUAAAUGGGACAGCGGCUGAGGAAAAGUUAGGAAGCGCCGUGAAGCAAAUGGUGGGGCUGAACCGGUACAGGUUUUUCUCUUUCAUAGCGAGGGUACUAUCUGAGCUGAUGGAAGUGACCUUCCAAGAAGAGACUCUGCAGAACUUGAUCAAGGCGGAAGACCUUCAGUUCGACUUGGUCAUCAUAGAACCAUUCGUUUCAGAACCUCUAGUUGCUUUCGGACACAAGCUGAAUGUUCCAGUAGUCAACAUAUACCCACUGGCACCGUCUCCAUGGGUCUCUUACCUGACAGGGGGCGAGGUUUCAUUCUCUUUAAUGCCAAACAUUAGAACGGAGUACACCAAUCAGAUGACUUUCUUAGAGCGACUCGACAAUACCUUGAUCAAUUUGAUAGAAUUAGUCACAAACUAUUUCUAUUAUAUUCCAAGGCAGGAAGCAUUAAUGAAGAAGUACAUGGUUUAUCCUGGAUCUGAUAGGCUUCCCGACCUACUGACCAUGCUGCAGGACAUAUCCUUAACUUUAUUAGAUUACCACAUGUCGGUAGGAUACGUCGAACCACUGCAGCCCAACCAGAUCCCAGUUGGUGGUCUAACUUUGCGAACUGAUGGCCAACUACCUAAGGAUUUACAAGAUAUUAUGGAUGAAUCAAAAAGUGGUGUCAUCUAUAUUAGCUUCGGUUCGUUCCUUGGCAGCAAUCAAGUCCCUGAGGAAUGGCUAGUGGCCUUGCUGGAAGCGAUGGCCAAACUUGACCAGACAGUUCUAUUCAAGUGGAACAUGGAUAUUCCUAAGAAACCCAAGAAUGUCAUUGUGAGGAAAUGGUAUCCCCAGUCCAGUGUGCUAACACAUCCGAACCUCAGACUGUUCGUUACACAUUCCGGACUACACAGCAUCACGGAGGCAACUUACUUUGGCAUCCCUUUGGUUUGCAUGCCCUUCUUCACUGAUCAGCUUUACAAUUCCAAGUUCGUCCAACAGGCGGGUUAUGGGCUCAUAGUUCGCGAAGAGAACAGAACAAGUGAGAACAUUUACUGGGCCAUUAACACAGUACUCAACGACCCAAGAUUUAAGGAAAAAGCACUGGAGAGAUCUAAAAUUGUAAAGGAUAGACCUCAGACAGCGCUGGAAUCAGCAGUCUAUUGGAUCGAAUACGUGUUGAGGCACAAAGGAGCGAAACACCUCAAGCCCGCCAGGGCACAGUUCAACAUAUACCAAGCUCUCUCUAUCGAUGUUGCAGCUUGCUUCCUAGUAGUUAUUAGCUUAUCAUUAUUAAUAGUGUAUAAGUCUAUCAGGAUUGUAUGUUGUGCAAUAUGUUCAAGAGCACCAAAGGUCAAAAAAGACUAAAUUAUUUUUGUAGAUAUUAAGUUAUUUUGGUCUUAAAGAAAUGCUAUUUGUAUUUUAUUUACAAAGUCUCGUAAAAACGAUAUGUUUGUAUUUUUUAUGGAAUGUUAAUAUUUUUGAAAAUAAUUGAAUAAAAUAUAUUAAAUAUUGUACUAUAAUUCUUAAUUUUUUAUUAUAUCUAAAAGAUAAAUUUUUCCGUAUAAAAAUGGGGACUGAGUUUUCUGCAAUUAAACAAAUAAAAGCUGGAGUACCUCAAGGCAGUGUCUUGGGUCCAACACUUUUCAACAUUUACUGUUCAGACAUUUCACAACAUUCUGAAAUACUAUUGGCUACAUUUGCUGAUGACUCGGCAAUAUUAAGAUCUAUCAAGGAUGAAGCUAAUGCUUAUCAGGAGGUACUUCAAGAACACCUAGACGACAUAGCUUGUUGGGCUAAAACGUGGAAGAUAAAAAUGAACGAGCCAAUUUGUUUCAUAUACACUUAGACAUGACUCUUGUCCUCCAGUGUCCUUUAAUAAUAUCGCUUUACCACCUUCAAAAACUGUACGAUAUUUGGUUCUCCACUUGGACAAACCACUGACAUGGACAUACUACAUAAGACAAAAAAUAGAAGAACUUAAUCAGCGAUACGGACUUCUUUCUAGGCUACUUGACAAACGUUCU